CACUCUGUAUGAUGGUCACACAUUUAUAGUUUUCUGUUUAAAUGUUUGCCUUCAGAAAAGGUAGAAGGAUUGUGGUUUUAAAUUUUGGAAAAGUAUUUUUAUACAGUGUCCGUUAUAUUUGGGUAGUACUGUGUAAUCUUGGAGCAAGAGUCAGCAAUUUGAUGCCAGAGACUACCUUCAACUAUGCUGGGCUUGAGAAACCCGCCAAGAUGAAAAUUAUUUCAUUGUGGACGUUGUUUUGUAUUUUCCUGAUUGCUGUUCUGACUAUUCUGGUAUCUUACGUGAAUGUAGAGAUACACGACGCAAGAUCAUCCUUAGCCGACGUCAAGCUUCAGAAACGUACGCGCCGCGCUCUACAAAAUGAUAUUCUAAGACAGAAAGUUACGAAUGAUGUCACCAGAACCGCUUCCACGGCAGCAGGCAUUUCUUCCACAACAAAAACAGCUACAACACCAGGUCCAAAACCGGCCCCAACCACGGCGGUGCUGAUUCUGACCUAUCAACGCAGUGGUUCUUCUCUGAUUGGGGAGCUCUUCAACCAGAACCCAUCAGCCUUUUAUCUGUUUGAGCCUCUCUGGGCCUUAUACGAGAACAAGAUAAACCCAACUUUUCCGAGCACUCUGCUACUUGCAAAUGGGAAUAAAAGACCAAUGCCAGCAACUGAAGACUUUGGCUCGUUUUCUCAAGAACUGAUCACCAACAUGGCGAGAUGCGACUUAGGGCAAGUCCCCAUGGAGAUAUUAGCACCUUUUGGCGACGACGGACACUGGUUCUUUAGCGCCAAUGGGAGACAUAAGGCAUUGGCAAAAUAUAUAGACUGUAUCAAAAAAGAUAACGAUGCGAAAAAGGACGCAUUGUGCGUUCCUUUGGCCCAAGCCGUUUGCGAUAAUUCUACCAUAAGAGCUAUUAAGACCAUUCGAUUUCGAAUGUGGAUGCUGGAGCGAGUGCUUCUAGAAAAUCCAGGUUUACGUCUACCCAAGCCGGCUGCAAGUUAG